AUGACUUCCCACAGUGUCAUAAUAGUCGGCAACCCUUCUGGCGCCUUCUCCGCCAUCCUCUCUAAACUCUCCGCCCUCAGCAAAAAAAACACCUUUUCCUUCGCCAUAGUGCUUGGCAACCUCUUCCCAUCGCCAGAAUCACUCUCCGACGACACAGUAUUAAGCAUAUCCUCCCUCCUCCGCGGUGGCAUUGAGGUCCCAUUUCCCGUAUACUUCACACUAGGAACAUAUCCUUUCCCAGACUCGAUACAAGACAAAAUCGACAAUAACGCAGGGGAAGUCUGCGAGAAUCUAUUCUUCUUAGGGAAGAGGUCGACGUUGACUACGAGCGAUGGGGUUAAGAUUGUGACUUUGGGUGGAAGGUUGGAUCCUACACUAUCUGGAGCUUCAAAAGAACAGAAGUUUCCGUUUUAUAGUGAACAAGAUGCUAGUGCGCUUCGAGGGGCGAAUUUUGCCGAUGUAUUGGUUACAGGGGAUUGGCCGGAAGGCGUAUCGACUGGGUCGAAGGUUUCGAUAUCGUCGGAAACGCAAGAGCUACAGAAGGGUGCGAAUAAGCCGGUGCAGAGACUAGCCCAGACUUUACGACCACGAUACCAUUUUGUAUCGGGUGGCGGGGGCUUCUACGAGCGUGAGCCGUACAAAAAUGAAGUUCGAGAGAAGGACGGACAAGAUGCUAGUGAACUUGUGACACGGUUUAUCGCACUGGCAGAUUACGGAAAUGAAGCGAAAGCAAAGUGGAUGUACGCCUUCAAACUCGACAUCUCUACACCUUCGACCACCAUCCCGCCGAACUGCACCGCCUCUCCCUACACACCCUAUCAGAAAAGACCUCCUCCGCAGCAACAAUCGAACUUCUUCUGGGGCGACCAAUCCAACGAACACCACCAUGGUGGCCAUCGUAAUAAACGUCAACGCUACGAUAAACCACCACCGCCAGGCCCAGACUCCUGCUUCUUCUGUCUUUCGAAUCCUAACAUUCAAAAACACCUGAUAACGUCAAUUGGCUCAGCGGCAUAUCUUACUACAGCAAAGGGCCCUCUUACGACGAACUUAGUCAACGCGGAGGUAUCGUUUCCAGGACACGUAUUGAUCAUUCCAUUCGAACACACACCGACGUUACAGGGUAUUCAAGAUCCGGAGACCCUAGAAGCUACAGUUGGGGAGAUGGGGAGAUAUAGAGCUGCGCUUGGGAAGAUGUAUGGGAGCUUUGGGUGCGGAAUUGUUACUUUUGAAGUCGUGAGAAGGAUGGGAGUACACCCGCAUUGGCAGGCUGUGCCGGUUGGAAAGGCGUUUAUUAAGAGGGUUAAGGAGACGUUUGAAGAACUAGCGAAGGAGGAGGCAGCGAUUGAAGGAAUUGAAGAACGGGAGGCUGAUGAAAAAGAAGAAGGCGAUUUCUUUAGAGUGUGGAUUAAAAAUCCUGAGGAAGACAAGGAAGAGGUCUUGUUAAUGAAGCUGAAAGAUAGGACGAGAUUUGAUUUACAAUUUGGCAGGAAGGUGCUAGGGAAAGUAUUUGGUUUGGAGGAUAGGGUGAACUGGAAAGAUUGUGCGCAAGAGGUGGAAGACGAGAUUCAGGAUGCAGAAGCCUUCAAGAAGGCGUUUAAGGAGUUUGAUUUCAGUCUUGACGACGAGUAA